AUGAUUACCCUUACCACCGACGCGCGCAUUCGAACCCCUAUCGCCGCCACGGAGUCAACCUCGAAUCCCGCAACUUCUCAAGCAGUACCGCAGCAGGAUCACGAGACUCUGCGGCGCCUGGUCGGCAAUGCUUCUCAUCCACGACCUCGCAUGGACUGCGAUCCUGGCAGUCAGUACUGGUCAGUUCGGGACUUUUCUACUGGAGGAUAA